AUGGGAACCGCUAUCAGUAGAGCAGCAAGCGGAAUUGGUACUAUCCUCGGCAACACUUUUCUGGCUCCCAUCAAAACCAUCUUGAGUGCAUCGUGCGAGUAUGCAACAGUUCGGACCUAACUCUUUUGUCUUAUUUAUCGUGGCUUUUAUUCUCAGAUUUCCUGCCUAUCGUUUAUUUGGUAAAAUCUAGGCGCAUUGUUGACUGUAGAUUCCCUGUGACAGCACGUAGCUCAGCUCAUUACUCCGUUGUCAACCGAGUUUAGAUAUUUUGGUGGUUUGCCGAUGAUUUAGGCUAAAUCUCGGCAUGACUUAUCAAUCAUUUCGCAGUAUUUGUCAGGGAUUCGGUGUCACCGGGACCCGAGUUGACUUUUAGACCAGUAUGAACAAGAACGUCGAGUUAUCGCAUAGCUUAGAUGUUAUGAGUUUUUUUCCCUUCAGAAAAUAGGUAUAAUGUUAGAUUAAACAGCACUCGUAGACAUUCUCUGAAUCACUGCGUCUCCUCACUGCUAAGCCUCUACAGGCAUUGGAAACUGCAGGCUCCCCAUUUCUUCUUCCCAAGAAAGAAGUGCUCUGCUCAUGUUUAGCGCUUCUCCCCUCAAAAAUUCCCAAUGGGGAGGGGGCAGAGGCAUGAUAAAUAAUUGAGUGAACAGUAGAAAUGGUUGCCAUAAAUGGCAUUUUCUUCCUUCAAGAAAAGAACAAUCCAUUCUUCCGCAUCUGAUCAAGGCCUCUGUAUCUUAUAGGGUACGCUCCAAUAUCUACCCUUGAGCACUGCCAAGGGGAACAACAGUUCACCUAGUGGCUGCCAGCUCAAAGCGCAUCAUACAAGACUAUUUCCUAGAAACAAUUUAGCUCAUGUGCGGCGAUGCAUUAAUGUACCGACAUAAAUAUUCCCCUGGAUCUGCCCUUCUAGUGAGCAUUAGUUUACUGGAUAUGUUUAGCAUAGAUUCAUAUUUAGGGGUUUUCUUAGUGACCUGAACCACGUAGUUUGUCCCUCCCGUGGAGGCAAUGUUGGCAGAAAGUCCUAUCACGGCCUUUGCUAAUGUCUUUGAAUCCUCCAGCGGAUUUAGAUGGCCCCAAUUGGAAGGAGACAAAGAGAGUUAUUGUGCUUCAUUUGUGCUGGCCGGAAUAUUUUUAUUAAUAAAUCACUUUCUUGUUUAAUCUAUGUUUUAUUAUAUUUCCUGGUACCUUUUAAUAUGAACACGGACGCUCUGAUGUGUCUUGGAAGAUUGUUUGCGCCACUGUGGCAAUUAUUCUCGGCGAACGGAUCUGGAAUAACAAUUUUUUGUCAUCUUUACGAGGCCAGGGGUGUUUGCUCAGGAACAUGGGACGUGAUCUGUUUCAUCGAGCAUCUGUGUAUAUCCGAUAUGCUGAAAUUGCUGAUGGUUUUGUUGAUUGCAUAUCUAAGUAAGUGUUCUGACCUUGGCCCGAGUCUAUCAGCAACCCCAUAGUCAACCACGGUCCUCAGUGAAGGGUCAGCUCUCGCUGCCCAUCCGUUUCCUAGAGUUUGAGAUGGAAUGCUUCCGCCAAUGCAAAAAUUGUUGACAAACCCUCGGAUUUCAGCUAUCCUUUUGACUUUCAGACAGGUUUCAAUAUCCCCAGGAAACCUAUGAUGUGAUCCUCGUAGCAUAUCUGGAUCAUCUACUCAUUUUCUUUCAGUUUCAUGGUUGCCGAGAACUCUACGAGCAAGUUCUAUCAUUCCGCAGCCUUCUAAACUAGAAUCUCGCCUAUGUGCAGCUCUUUUCUUCAUCUACCUCCUGUUCAAGGUGGGAAUCGUCCAAUGUAUUGGGAAAAACCUCUGCAAGAUGUCAUGGGCAGCGUGUGAAACAUACUGGUCAGCGCUAGGAGGCAUCACCUGUUUCCUGUGGCACAAGCUGAAGGACACCAAGAGGGUCUACCACCGCCGCCGCCGCCGCCGCCGCCGCCUUCACGACGUUGAAGACGGAUACAGCUCCGGCGAGGACGGCGACAUGUGGGACUCAAGGAUUAUGAGCGAGAGGGAAUCAACCAGGGAAAAGAAGAGAGCCCAAGUGAGAAGGAGGAGGAGGAAGUCUCUGCAACCCAAGAGCCAGCGGUGGAAGAUGAGGAGAUACGCAAGGAAGAGUCGCCGCCACAGUCUGGCCUCGAGGAAGCAGCUCCGGCAGAGGAGCAGGAAGCUAUUCAGGAGGGGGAGGAUCAGAUAG